AUGGAAAAUAGCUUUGGCUCAGAUUUAGAGCAGUAUUUGAGAGACUAUUCGGCUUCAAAGGUUUAUAAAGCAGCAAGAAAUUUGCAGCUCCCGCUAAGCGAAAAUACUAGAAAACAAAACCAGCUUGGCCUAAUAGAAAAGAAUGAAUUAUUAGAAAUUGAAAACAAGAAAUUGACUAUUAAAAUAAGAGAAUUAGAGCAUAAAUGGUCAGAAGAGAGAAAAGAAUUAAUUGAUUCUCACCUUUAUAAAAUCGAAGAAAUUGAAAAUAAAAAUAGUCAGCUUAGAAAAACCAUCACAAAUUUGGAAAUUGAAUUGAAAAAUGCACAAAAUGAAUUAAAUUCAUACCAAUGCAAGCAUGAAUAUCUUGAACUAAAAGCGAAAUCGUUAACUCCCCCCCCCUCCGUGAGCGAACAAAACCAUUAGAAAAAUCGCCAUUUUUUGACCAAAAAACCACCUCCGUGUGAGUGAACAAAAAUUUUUUUAAUAGAAAAAAUUUUAAUGGAAAAAAAUUUUGAUAUAUAAGUGAUAAUUAGUAUAAUGAAAUCUAGAGCUAAUUCUGUUUAAUUUUAAACAAAUUGCGUUUUAAAACAUAAAUUUUGCAAAUUAAAUUAAUAUUUGCUUCCCAAUUUUUGCAAAUUAGGAUUUUUUUAAAUUUCGAAAAAAAAUUUUUUUUAAAAAAUUAUAUAUAAAUUUUUUUUAAAAAAAAAAAAUUAACCCCCCUCCGUGAGCGAACAAAAAUUUUUUUGUUCGCUCACGGAGGGGGGGGGGGAGUAAGAAAUUUUCAGGAAAACCGCUCAGAGCUGCUAAAAGAAGUAGAAAAGUUAACUGAUAAACUUUUCAAAUUCAAACAGAAAAAAUAUACUUUCAAAGGAGACUGUUAAUUUUUCUAUUAAAUUUAGAAAUCAAUUUCCUUCGGAAAAUAAAAUAUGGUAGAUAAAUAAUAGAAAUUAUGGCUUGCAUAUGCAUAUGAACAAUUUAAUGAAAUGAGCCUAAAAUAUAAAGCCAUUGAAGAUGAAUUAGAAAUCUGUAAGGAAGAGAAGAGAGAAGCAGAUAAAAAAAUUUCGAUGUUAGAGCAGACACUGAGACAUAUGUGUGAAGAAAAAGAUAUGAGGAUAGAAAGAUUACAGUUUCUUAUUAGAGAAAAAACUCCUCUAAAACCAAAAGAAAACUUAUCAAGGACAGUCACUCCGCUGACUGACAGAAACACAAGGUCAAUUUCUCCUAUGGCAACAUCGAGAAGCACUUUUGAUUUAACAAAAACAAUGGAAACAACUGCAACUACGAAACUCUCUGAAGACUUCAGUGCUGACAUCAAAAAUCUUGAAAAAUCCCACAAGAAAUUAAAGCAAAAAUAUAUUUCUCUGAUAACCUCGAGAGCUCAUGAGUCAGAGCUCAUAAAAGCAUAUAACAAAAUUAAUAUCAAUGAAAAAGCAUUGAGUGAUUUUCAAAAAAAGCAGAAAAAAAUAUACUGAAAUUAAUUGAGCUGGGCUAAUAAAAAUAUCCAACAUAAAAUAUCUUAUUUUUUUAAUUAAUUAUUUUUAAUAAUACUCAGUAUAGUCUUAGAAUCAAAAAGCUUUAAUUUGUAA